AGAUGUUUUCCUACCUAUGAUCAGUCGCAAUGGCGUGUUUUCGCUAAUAAUAGUUACCAAGCAGCUGACUAUGCAAAGCUGUUUUCGGAAUUCAUUACAAAAUGUUCUCUGCAAUCCAUUUAUGAAGAAAAUCGAAUCUUACGAGUCCAAAGAGAAACGCGGAACACUUCGAAGGACCUUGCAACCAAUGAUGAGAGCGUGAUGACGCAUUCUUGACCGAAUCUUGUCAAAUUGUUGGUUACGUCACAGCUCCACCGGUAAUGCCUCUCUAGCAUCCUCUUGAUGGUAUUAUAAAAGCGUUGGAGCGCAAAUCAUCAAACAAUCUGAGUGCUAUGAGUCUACUCCGACCGAGCUCUCUUCUCCUGGUCUUUCUUUUCCAGUCGUUGCCUUAUUGUGAAGCAAAACCAGCAAGACAGAGCGUUGAAGAAGACGUCGGUCACAGGCGCUAUAAACGAGCUCUCUUCGGAUUUGGUCAUAUGGGUAGUGGCGGAGGUAGGGAUAAUAGUGGCGGCCUAAACGGUCUCUAUCGUGCCACCGGGAUAAUGGAUGUGAUUAGUAGCGGACUGAGGUUAGGCACGGAAGCAACAAAUCUUGGAGGAUCUAUCUUAUCGUAUGGAAUGCCCCAGGGGCAAUUUGGUGCACUACCGCAGGCACAAUUCGGUGCACCGCAGCAGUUUGGUGCGCAAGCGCAAUAUUCAUCGGAUAUGGAGUUACAAACUCUACAAGAUACACAGCCGCAGGCUUGUUCUACGGAAUUUUCGUAUUACGCCUCCAAUGGUAGUCCAGUCUACCUGUGUGACUGUCCGAAUGGAAUCUCCUAUCAGUACCUACGAUGUGUAAAUCCAGUAGAUUAAAGCAUAAAAUUUAGCACAACCUGAUCUCGCAGACAUAUAGGCCCGUAGUAAACCCCGUCAGGACAUCUCCCUUGAGACGGAUUGAGUUGAGCGUAGGAUGAAUCAGUUCGACAUCCAGCGAGCUAUUGAUCUGGUUGAGUUGAUCGUUCUGUAGAAAUGAUAAGGGU